AUGGGAGUAGAAGAUAAAAUCAAUAGAUCAGGAGUAUUAAAUAAAAGUUAUGAUAGUAGUAUAUCAAUUGAUAUAACUCCAAAUGUUCAAGCACCAAAUAUUUAUAGAAAUAAUGAUAAUACCAACAAUAUUAAUAACAAUAAUAACAACAAUAAUAUUGCUAAACCAAUACCAAUCAAACAACCAUUAUUUCAAGUAAAACCUGGAAAGGAAUGGGGAGUAACAGAGAAAUUAGAAUUUGAUACUAAAAUGGAGAAACAAGUAAAACAUGAUGAGUUUAUGAUGAAACUUGUUAUCUGUCUUGGUUUCCUAUUCUAUCCCAUUUGGUUUGCUGGUCCAAUAGGUCUUAGAUCAAUAUCAAAAAAGGCUAGAAAAAUUGGUCUAACUUGUAUUUUACUUGGUUCAGUUGUUCAUGUCAUUUUAGAAGUAUCUCUUGUAUUCUAUAUCUCUUCAGUAAUAAGUCAAAACUAUACUGCUGGUAGAUAA